AUGCAAUCGUCUCUCUACGGGAACUCGAGGGUGACGAAGGCGUCCAGCAGUGCCUCUAACCGCUACGAGCAUAUGGAGGAGGAGAUUCACCGCGAGAAUGAGGCGAUGUUGCAGGCACUCAGCAGCAGUGUGAAGCAUAUGAAGGCGGUAGCCGGUCAUCUGAACCGUGAGGCGGAGGAGCAAAACGAACUUCUCAAGUCACUCGACAAGGCCUUCCAGACCGCUCGUGGUGGCGUGCACUCGGCGGUCAACUCCGUCAAGAGUAUAAUGGGGCGCUACGGGUGGAGGUACACCGCCGUCUUUGGCUUUAUGGGCUUCUUGCUUCUGUACUUCAUCUACGCUGUCUUUGUGAAGCGAGCCUGA